ACGCUCGAGGUGUUCAAAGUGUUUGCAUGUGGUACAUGAUCGACCAGUUCGAUUAACUGCUGCAUUGUUAACUCCACUCGUCGAUUGACAGCUUAUCGUGCUGCAUUGCCCAUUGCAGCUUCCUAGCCUACCAAGCGAACACUCGAUCGAUCCUGGCCUGAUCAAGUCCAAGUGUGCAAGCCCCUCCUUCCCUCGUCAAAUUCACCCCCGGCUCCGGCGAGCAUAUCGAAGGGGUGCACGAAUUUCUUUGUCAAACACGCCAUUCUUAGCAUUCCAUUCUCCGGGAACGUGCGCUUCCCACCACCGGCCAGAUGCCAACCUUCGGAGGUCUUCUUAAGAAAAAGAAGACUAAAGAGUCUUCAGAAGAUAGACCGGCCAACAGCGCCGGUAGUAACCAGCCUAUCCAGUACAAAUCUUCACAGAAGACCGAUACCUCCUCCUCCACGAUUCCCUCACAGCCUGGCACAAAUGCACCAACUCAAUCGAGUGCAACCACCGCAACCACUGUGACCUCCUCUCCCGAUCCGGCCACCAGGUCCAACGAGAGUAACGGCGAUCCCAUCAACAUGGCCAACGUCGGUGGCCCUGGUUCCUUGAGACAAACUAAAGGGAAAUAUACCUUGACGGACUUCCAAAUCCAAAGGACGUUGGGAACAGGGUCUUUUGGACGAGUACACUUGGUCCAGUCGAAACACAAUCAGCGCUUCUACGCUGUCAAAGUCUUGAAAAAAGCUCAGGUCGUCAAGAUGAAGCAGAUUGAGCAUACAAAUGAUGAGAGAAAGAUGCUGUCCCGGGUCAAACACCCAUUUCUCAUCACUCUUUGGGGCACAUUCCAAGACUCAAAAGCCCUAUACAUGGUAAUGGACUUUAUCGAAGGUGGUGAGCUCUUCAGCUUGCUCCGAAAAUCACAGCGCUUUCCCAACCCUGUAGCCAAGUUCUAUGCUGCAGAAGUGACACUGGCUCUCGAAUAUCUACAUGGACAGAACAUCAUUUAUCGUGACCUGAAGCCAGAGAAUUUGUUACUGGAUCGACACGGGCACAUCAAGAUCACAGAUUUCGGGUUCGCCAAAGAUGUUCCCGAUAUUACAUGGACACUGUGUGGUACUCCUGACUACCUUGCGCCCGAGGUCGUAGCGUCCAAGGGAUACAACAAGUCAGUCGACUGGUGGUCUCUAGGGAUCCUCAUCUUUGAAAUGCUGUGUGGGUUCACUCCCUUUUGGGAUGGAGGCUCUCCUGUGAAGAUCUACGAAAACAUCUUGAAGGGACGGGUCAAAUAUCCGCCUUACAUUCACCACGAUGCACAAGAUCUGCUCGUGCAACUUAUCACGUCUGAUCUGACAAAGCGGUUGGGAAACUUGCACGGUGGUCCAGCCGAGAUCAAGAACCACCCCUGGUUCGCUGAGGUAACUUGGGAGAGGCUGGUCAAGAAGGACAUUGACGCACCAUAUGUGCCUCCGGUCAAGGGUGGAGCCGGUGAUGCCAGUCAAUUCGACAAGUAUCCCGAGGAAACCGAAGAAUAUGGAAAGAAAGCAGAUGACCCAUUCGGACACUUCUUCACAGAUUUCUAGUUGCCUCAGAUGCAAAUGACAUCCAAGCAGACGCCUACGCCAGCCGCAGUGGCCGAGGCUGUAGUGACGAGCAGACACACGACGCACAGAGCAUAUUUGAGACGUGAGAUUGAACCCUUUUGGCCCGCUCCUUCUUGAGGCCGUGAUGGAGUCAUUGGAUAAGCACUCCAGGAUUGGUCGAAGGGUGUAUGUUGAGUGUUUACAGUAGCCGCAAGUGAGUGGGAGGUU